AUGGCAAAGAUCAAGCCAAAGGCCUUGCUGGCACAAAGCAAAGUGAAGAAGGCCCCUAGCCAAAUCAGUGUGACUACUAUCGUUACCUACAUGAUCCUUGGCGUCCUGGUCGUAUCCUCUGUUUAUGCUGCCUACAAAUACUUGACAGGCAAAGGACCAGUGGAGGCAGUGGGCGUCCAGGGGAAUUAA